CGACAAACCCAACACGUGUAUUUGUACGUUUAUAAACACCCAUCACACACAUUCACUUUCCAAAAUAACAACAAUGGAGUUUAUAAACCACGCGCUCAUCCUCUCGUUGCUGGUCGCACUCGCGGUCGCCAAAAAUCAUUCUCCGGCGCCGGCGGUGGACUGCUCGGAGAUCGUGGUGAAGCUCUCGGACUGCCUGAGCUACGUGGCCGCGGACAACACGACAAGUGUCCCGAGCGCCUCGUGCUGCCAUGGCCUCACAGACGUGCUGAGGGAAGGAGUCGAGACGGGCGGCCGAUGCCUGUGCGAGUCUUUCAAAAGCAGCCGUGAUAUGGGUUUAGAUCUCAACAUGGCAAACGCCGUUGCUCUGCCAUCCGCCUGCAGGGUCAACACUUUCUCUGUCAACAAUUGUCGCCUUGGACCUGCUGGCGCCCCUGUCCCUGCUGUCCCUCCAUCACCUGUACAUCAGAGUCCACUCAUCGUGAAUGCAGCCAAUCAACUAUCCCCGUCCCCUUUGCCUGCCAUGUCAGCAUCAUCCAUUCUGCCUGCAUCACUAUACUUUUCCAUUCUUACAGUUUUUAUUUCCAUGUGCCUUAAUUCAUUACAUUGAGAUCAUCAGUUGCGUUAAUUUAUUUAUUCACGGACUUUUGUUGUGUUUGAUGUUCGUUUGUAUUGUAAGUUAGCGGUGUUUUAGAUAUUUAGGUAUGUUGAGGGUGCUUCGGUUCUAAUUUGAUUUGGAGCUAACUAUAUUCUUGUUACACUAUGAUUUCUGGUUUUAGUUUACUUGUUGGCAACUCUUUUCUUCUGAUGGUUAGUUAAAUAUGAUGCUUAUCUUGUCAAGUAUCAUUUCAUUUGUUUAUAACAAAACAUACAUGUGACUGUGUUUAUUAUACACAAUGCAUGUUGAGUUAAUCAAAGAACUUACUAUACACGAUACAUGUUGUUGCCUUGAAUGGCUACCAAGGGACUUGGUGGAAUAAAAAUGAAUUAUUCAGUUCUAACAAUUUCAUUUCCCCAUUAUAGAGAAGGGUUUUUUCUCGUUUGCACAUGCGUUGUAGAUAAAGCG